AUUGCGCCUAGCGCCAGUUAUUAAAAAUAGUUCCCUAAUUUUUCCAGAAUUUUGUUCCCUUGUUCGGUAUUACAUCGACCAUUUAACGUGAACAAAACUUGCAGACAAAUUCCAAAACUCAAAUAAAGAUGUUAUUAAGCGUCAUUACGAAAAUUCAACAACAGCGCAUGCCAUCUGCAAUACCGCCGACAUAAACAAUUGAAUAUGAAAUCGAUUCCGUAUUUGGAUUAUUUUCCAGCGUCGUACAGUCACUUGAUAAUGAUUAUUUAUCGAAUGCUUUCCACAAUUAGCCGAUAUAUUUAAUUGGUUAUUGAUAAUGGUACAAAUAAUUAUGUGGAAGAAGAAAAUAUAUGUACUAAUUUUAGUAGCAUUAUAUUUUAAUUAUAAUUCUGGAUAUAAUGUCCUGGAUUUUAUCAAAAAAAAGGUGGACUUAGUUAUUGAUGCGGCUGGUGGAAACACAGAAUGUGCCCAUCAUCUGAAGCUUGUCAUGACCGAUUUAGUGAAGAAAAAAAAUUGGGCUCUUGACAUGUUGGAUGCAAGUGCAAAACUGCAACCAGGACUAUUAUAUGGAAAUUUGUAUCAGUACGGGAACUUUGACCAGUGCCUCGGCAUUGAAGAAGUUAAAAUAAAUGAUACAGUCAUUAAAGGAAAAUAUUGUACGGUUCUGGUGUUGCCCAGUUUCAAAAUUAAGAACGAUUUUAGCUUUUUACUAGAUGUUAGAAAAGUUGUUGAUCACAGAGGUAUUUAUACAAGCUAUCACGUAACCGAUAUACUUUCAUUAAUAAAAGUAAAUUACGGAAUUUGUAUACCUAUGUCGUGUUCGAUAAGUACGUUACAAGAUAUUUGGAAUUAUUUAGAAAAUAUGUUUGCUUUGCCGUUACAUAUGGACUUUUUCGAUUUUGCAUGUAGAUAUAAGGACAAACCAAUUGAUCCUCUUCCAAUAGAUAAACCUGUUUACUUCUUUUUUGCAUUUAUUGGGGCCAUUAUAAUGUUAAGCACAAUUUAUGAUAUCACAAUUCAUCAGAAGAAAUUUCAAAAGCAAGAAAAUAAAGAAACUGCAGAUAAUAAAGCAAAGGCUACAGCACAAUUACUUACACCAGAUGAUAAUAUUUACAUGUGCUUUUCCUUGUACUCUAAUAUUAAAUCAUUAUUUAAAGACAAAGGCUUUGAAGAUUCAUCCUUUCUAUCUUGCUUAAAUGGAAUGAAAGUACUGAGCAUGUAUUGGAUUAUACAUGGGCAUAGAGUAGCUGCAAAUCUUUUUGCUGGAAGCAUUAACGGUUUUGAGUUGCAGGACUGGAGGUCGAAGUUUUAUAACACUUAUCUCAUGGGAGCAUCAUAUUCUGUUGAUACUUUCUUGGCCCUGAGUGGAUUACUGUUGGUGUUUACGUUUCUGAAGAUAAGAUCAGCUAAUCCCGACCAACCUUUUUCAUAUUUAGGAUUUUAUUUGUAUAGAUUUUUGAGAUUAACACCAGGAUUAUUGGCGAUGUUAUUGUUUUAUUUAAGUGGGUUAAAGUUGAUAGCUGAUGGUCCAUUGUGGCCUCUUAUUAUUAAAAAAGUUAUAAUCGGUUGUUCAAGAACAUGGUGGGCCACUUUGUUUUUUAUGACCAAUUGGAUGGAUUUAACUUUCCAGUGUAUUGAACAGUCUUGGUACUUGGCUGUUGACUCCCAACUGUACUUUUUAUCACCAAUUAUUUUAUUGAACAUUAUUAAACAUCCUAAAAAAGUUAUAGGCGGAAUGAUCGUAACCAUGAUUGUUUCAUCAAUUUAUGUCUACAUUAUUACAGUAAAAAAUGAAUAUGGAGCAGUUUAUUUUGAAGGAAAUAAGGAUUACCAUGAGUAUAUUUAUCAGCCAACAUAUAUUAGAAUAGUAGCAUGGCUAGUGGGAAUAAUUUUUGGGUACUACCUCUUUAUCAAGAGUAAAAUUCAAAUUUCUAGAGUUGCAAUGUAUAUACUUUGGGGAGUGUCAUUGAGUGUAAUGGUGGCAAUACAAUUGGCCCAUUUAAGUUUCACCAGAUACGAAUACAGUCCUUACAGAUCCGGUAUUUUUAAUGCUACCACACGGAUAAUUUGGUCGAUGGCAGUCUGCACGAUUGUAUACCUUUGUGCUACUGGUUAUGGAGGUUGGGUCAAUACGUUUUUAUCUGCAAACUUCUUCAAAAUUUCCGCUAAACUUACAUACAGUAUGUAUUUAACUCAUUUAGGUGUUGUUGCCUAUAUGGUGGGAAGCAGGAGGACUCCGGAACACUUUUCCACAUUUAAGGGUAUUCAUGAUCUUUUUGGAGAUUUAGCUUUGGUUUACGUUACGUCAACAAUAAUGUGCCUUUCGUUUGAACUUCCAAUGAUUAAAAUAGCUAAACUUAUCUUCAAAAAAAACAAACUUAACACCAAGAGGCAAUCAAUAGGUACUAACACAUCACAAGGCAUUAAGACUAGAUAUGUUGUAAGCGUAGUUUCUCUUGAAGAUUUGAAAGCUAAGAAGUAUGAAGAUGGAAAUUCAAAGAAAUUAAAACAUUUGUAACGUUAGUAUAAUAUUACAUAAAAAUGAUAAUUUUAGUAAUUUAUGUUAUAAAAUUAAA